AUGACAGAGGUUCGUCGCGUUACCACAACUCCUGUGGAUUGGGGUUCUCUUGAUGCUGGUAUGGUGUUGGCGGUUGCGACCGGCAGGAAUCGCCGCUGUAGUGUGAGUGAGUGCCGUGUGCUUCUCUUCUCUUCCAGCGGCGCUGUGCUGGCGGAGACGAAGUUAACAUCAGAGAUGCGCUACGUUGUGGAUGCUGCGGUGAAUUCCGCCGGUGUUGUGGCUGUGGUUGCCAACAGUAAUAAUAAUAACAGCAGCAGCAGCAGCAGUAACAGUGGUAAGUCGACUCUUGCAUUCGUGUGUGGUCCGCAGUUACUAUCGGUGUGUGAAUUGCCCAGUGGUGUUACUGGAAAUCACGCCGUGAUUUGUUUGCGUCUCGGCUCCCGCGAUGUUGCGGUGUGUGCGGGCGGAACCACCGGCACUUUACUCGGCUGUACACAGUGCAAUGUGCAGAGCGAUGUGUGGACAUUAUGGGAGUUUGGGGAUGCCUGCGUGACUGGUGUAGUUCGCGGUAAACAGCCGAAUGAUGCCCUUGUGCUUUUGGAUGAUGGCAGUGUGGCUCUUGUGGCCUUGCGGGAAUCUGAUGAUGGUUCGCUGCGGUGUGUACUUCAGCAUUCUCUGCAGGUGUCGGAAGAGGCCGUGCCCAUACAGGCGGUGUUUGCAGCUGGAUCUAUGCUGUGGGUGUUGUGUGAUGAUUACUCACUUUGUGGGUAUUGGUUUCCACCACCCAUGGAUGAGGCGGAGACCAUUCCUGUGCGACUCUUCAGUGAACAAUUGUCUCUUCCAACCGAUGCGGAAGAUAAUGUGAAGGUGUUCAUGACGGGAGAAAAUCGUACGUGUGGUGUUCACAUUGCUAUUCAAACUCCCACAGCUGUUUACUUCUGUGCCUUUGCCUUACAUAGCACAGAUGGAUUAUAUGAGGCUCCCACUCCAAUGGGAUGGUCAAACAGUAUUCUUAUUUGGAGUGGUCACAUCCAUAGUUUUUCGGUUAAACAAUGCGCAUAUGAACUUCUGGUACAGAGUGAACUUGGUGGAUCUCCACUAAGUGUGAUGUCAUUGCAACAAAAUGCUAGCGUCCUUAAAUUUGAGGAAUCACAGAAUAGAUUAUUAAGUCAUCAAGUGGUAUGUGCAGCACCAGAGAAGCUAGCUGGAUUACGUGAAAAAUGUGAAUUAAAGGUACAAGAACUUGAAGUCAUGACUUCUAAAGUGAUGGAUUUAAAAACUAUUGAACAAGCAUUGUCGCAAUUACUUAUUCUACAAGAUUGUUUAGUAGCGACUUUACACCGUGAACGUGAACUUAAUAAAGAUUUACAGUCAUACCAGAGUGUAUCUAUGCAUUUGAUUAAACGUCUUCAUAUAACAUACAUUCGUCUUUCUGUAUAUCAACUUCUUUACGCUGCAGAAGUUGAUGAUAAACUGGAUAUACCACUUCGUUCAGUACUUAAUCUAGAAGAAGCAAGACAAUCUGCAGUAAAUUAUCAAGCAGAAUUGCGUAGCCAAUUUGAACAAGAGUUUGAAUUGAUGCCAGUUUCUUCAUUAGAAACAUUAAGUUUAUGGGGAUCACAGGACGCUGCACCAGCAAUGUGUAUUGAUGCAAUUCUUUCUUAUAUAGGAUGCACAGAUCAAAUUUCACUGAGAACUAUCGUUCAACAAAUGACAAUGAUAAAACCAGAGACAGCUAUCCUUGUUUUAUAUUGUACUUUUAUGAGUCCCAAAUAUGACAAUACAUCUUUUCAGAAUGAGAAUGUUUCUCAUGUGGAAUUCCUUAACAGUUUCUGUUUACCCUUUUCUUUGGGUAUAUGGGCUCGUUUGGCAUUUAUGGCAGAUCAUCACAUAGUAGAUCCUGCACAAGUUGGUACAACUCAUGUACUUGGGUGCCCUCCAUUAUUGGAAAUUAUUCCUGGAAUUAUUAAUGGAUUAACAUUCAGCGGAGCCUAUGAAUUGGUUUUUCAACUCACUCCCAGUUUACUUACCCUUUGGACAGUAAAGAACACAGAUUCAUCUGUAGCUGUGAAAUUACUGUUUUUGGCAUACAAACGUGGUUGUUCCUCUAUUCUGAUAGCCUUAUACCGAAGAUCUCGUGGCACAAUAUGGGCUGGUGUAGCAACAUUGGCUCUUGCUUGGGCAGCACGACAGACUGAAAAUAUUCAACUACUGAGUGGACUUGUAGUACCAGAUUCUCCUGAAGAGAGCAUUGUGGAGUCUGUUUUGCGAAGAUGUCCGGAUACAUGUAAGUCUGAAUUGCUACUGAUGGAUUUUUACAUACUUAUGCAGCGCUACGCGGAUGCACUUAAAAUGUGUGAGCAAAUAGUUUCUCAUCAUUCUGUUGAAGCUCAACGUGUACAGGUGAUCGCCUCCCAUUUGCGCAGUCUUUUACCGAAUGGGAAUGACUCUUAUCGUCUGCGUUAUACUUUGGAGAGUGAAGAACCUGUGUCCUCUACGGUUAACGGUUCACAUCCUCGUCGCACGGCAAUGCCCAACUGUUGUCCACUACAAAAUGAAGAAGAAGAGUUGGAGGAGGCAGUCGCCCGCACAACGGCGCACAUUUGUGCACGUCGACAUGAUGAACGAUCCCUCGACGCGUUGGGCGGCAGUCACCAGCGCGAAGUGAGUGUGAUGGCCUUCACACCAACACCAGCUGCAUCUUUAGGCAUUACUCGCGAUAAGGUACGAGGGGCACUGCAAGGGGAUACAACAGGUGUCUAUGGGGGACAACAAGAAGAAGAGCAGCAUCAGCAACAACAAAAACAGCAAUCGUUGAUGCGGCAGACGGAGUCAUCAGCCUCGGUGCGAAGAACAGAUAUGAGUGAGGAGAUAUCAGAUGCACACUCACGCACUCUACCACCACGAAGCAUUGGGGCAACGGCAGUUGCCGCCGCCAUUUCACUUGAUGGUGAACCGUUGUACUGUGAAGCUAUUCUUAAGCGCAGUAAAAAGCCAUGCGGACGAAAACGUCCAUGUGAGUACCAUGACAGAGUAAGAAAAUAG